CAGUUUACUUUUCAUAGCAAUGGCUAACGUACGCACGUUUUUAUACCUUGGGCUUGCUGUUCUACUGGCACCCACCAAGUUCUCGAUUGCGGUGGCAACAAAUGGUCCCGAACAGCGGAUGGGUCGUGUUGUUGGUGGCAGCAAUGCUGCUGUGAACAGUGCUCCGUACAUUGUGUCAUUCCAACAAAAUGGAAUCCACUACUGCGCUGGAAGCAUAUUGAAUCAAAAUUGGGUUGUGACCGCCGCCCAUUGUCUAGCUUCAAGUAGCCAAGUGAUGAGCAGUACUUUGGUGGCCGGAAGUAUAUAUGUGGCUGGCACAGCGACUACCACUCAGAAGCGUGCUAUUAACUAUUUUGUGGUCAACGAUCUAUAUCUGGGCGGUACAUCGCCCUAUGAUAUUGGUUUAGUGUAUACUAAAACUCCAUUUACAUGGUCCAGUGCCGUAGCGCCAGUUACUUUGCCCACCGGCGGCUCCACUCCCACUGGCAACGCCAUUCUGUAUGGCUGGGGAAGUGUUUCAACGACCAAUACUGCCUCAUAUCCCACAACUCUUCAGGUUGCCACUGUCCCCAUCAUAUCUCUGAGUACCUGUGAAAGUGCAUUGGGCACAGAUGUUCACACAACAAAUCUGUGCACUGGCCCGCUAACAGGAGGUGUUGGCAUUUGCACUUCGGAUUCCGGCGGUCCCUUGGUGCAAGUGGUUAACAAAGUCAAUGUUUUGAUUGGAAUCGUUUCAUGGGGCAAACUGCCAUGCGGCCAAACAAAUUCUCCAUCUGUCUAUGUACAGGUAUCACAAUUUAACACAUGGAUAGCCCAAAACCAGAAGGUACCAAGCUCGUUGGCUUAAUUAUUGCGCUGGUCUUGGAAAAACGAUAUUUGUCUGCAAAGUGCUAUUAUACACCUAGAGAAAUAGAUUUGCUGAAUUUAGCAAACACCGUCUGCUGAUAUGAAGUUAAAAAUGUUUAACUUUUGGGGAAAUCCAUUUCCAAUUAUUCAAUUUCUAAACGAUAAUUAAAGCAAUUCGAUGGCUCAAUAAAAAAAGGACCGAACUCAGUUUUAACCA